GUAAACCAAAAGCAUAUAACUUUACUUGACUGCAAGCAAGUCGGUCAAUGCUCGGUGCCACGCAAGCCUUCUGACUGCUUCUCUCUCUCUGCCUCUCUAGGACGGCGCAUCCUGCUGUCAUACCCAAAGCACCCGAGACCUGAUACAAAUUAAAGCGCGUCGAAUACGUGUUGGGGGCGCAAGGCGGUUUGGGCAGCGGAAAACUUCGAGAGUCUGCCAGUUCUCUUCGCAAGCCGGAGAGUCUUUCGCACACACGUUGCGCAACAGUUAGUGAUGGAGACGGCCACAGCAGCCCCACCACGGCUUGCGACUGCAGUGUCCUUUACCAAAAGGCGGACGGACGAUGUAAUUAACCCACUGGACAUUACGGAGGCGGAGCUUAAAAGACGUCAGGGCCCCAGCCUGACGAUAUCGUGCGCGGUGGACGGAUCUCAAAUGUCAGAUAAAAGCAUGGCCACGGCACUAUCUUUCUUCAACAGCAAAAGAGGCGACAAGUUCAACGUGAUCCACAUCAGCGACAUGUCCAAGAACUACCUGUCCAAGCACCUCACGCCCAGCCACCUCAAGAACUUCUACGUGGACAUGGCGCACGGCGCGAGGGUGAAGGCCGAGUGGCUGUGCCGCGAGAAGGAGGAGGGCCGCUCCACCUGCGAGUCCCUCACGCGCCUGGCGGAGAAGCACCGCACCGACCUGCUGGUGCUGGGCAGCUGGGGGCGCAAGGGCGAGAAGCUAGACAUGCUGGGCACUGUGUCGGACUUCUCACUGCGCCAGUCGCACUGCAGCAUCGUCAUUGUGCGCAGUGUGGGCGGCGGCGGGCUGGGCGGCAUCACGGGGGGCAUGGGCCCCGCCGGCGGCCCCCCCGGCACGGUGGCCACCGGCCGGCCCGCCAAGUACCUGUUCGCCACGGACGGCUCGCACGCCGCGCACCUGGCCUUCACCUUCCUGCUCAACUACCUGCUGCGCCCCUGCGACAGCGUGCAGGUGGUGGCCGUGCACACGUCGGCCAGUGAGGGCGCGGAGGAGGCGCGCACCACCGAGUUCUACAAGCAGUACAUGGAGCGGCGCCGGGUGGCGGGGGGCGUGCACGUCAAGUGUGUGGACCGCCUGACCACCAACAUACCCGAGGGCAUCAAGCUGGGCUCGGUGAGUGCCGACAUCAGCACACGCGCCUCGUGCACCACCAUCAUCAUCAAGGACUCCUGGGACGUCAAGUCGGACCGCUACCUGUCCGCCGGCAUCGCCACCAUGCACAGCGAGGUGGCCACGUCAGCCAUGCAGUGAUAAUGACGAUGAUGACAGUGAUGAUGCUGAUGAUGAUGAUGAUGAUGAUGAUGAUGAUGCUGUGGGUGGUGAAGAAGGUGAGGGUGGAGGAGGAGUAAGGCUGGGGGCACGCGGUGUGAUGUGGGGAAUAGGUGGGUGGGAGCAACGUCAUGCGGUAGAGGUUGUGUGGGUGGCGGUGUGUCCGGAUGUGGUUUACAACUUCCGGAUCCAAAUUGGGGGUGUGGUGGUGGCAGUAGCUGGCUGGCUGCAUGCCAGUAGUCAGCAGGGGCUACGGCAUCGCCCUGUUUUGAGCUUGGGACUUCCGAGACCAUGACCAUUUGGCUGUGCUGUGAUCGACACGUGCAUUUUGCAGUGACUUGUGCCCGGAACGUGGGCGGGGGCAUGAGUGUCUGUGUAUGAGCCGGAGCUGGCAGUGGCAGGCAUGUGCGUGCGUGGUGCAGCGCGGUAACAUGACGCAUGGCGUGUGUGUGUGUGUGUGUGUGUGUGUGUGCAUGCGUGCGUGUGUGUGUGCGUGUGUGGGCAUGCACGCACAGAGGCAGCCCUGUUGCGUUAGCGCCCCCUGGUGUGCAGCGGGCGCCUCGCUAUGGUGGUGACAGCAGUACAGCAGUGUGCGUGCGCGCCCCGAGGGUGUUCUGCUUGCGCAGAUUGAAGAAGCAAGCGCAAGCGGCGACGCAUCAUUUAUACCCAGUGAGCCUGGCUCCUGGUGUUCCCGUACUGUGGCAACAGGCAGGGCCUGUGUGUGUGUGUGCAAGAAGCUGUGGGAAGCAAGCGCUUGUCUCCGUGCGCGUGGCUCGUUUUCCUUGCGUGCUCCCUUCUUUUGCUUUCGCUUUCCACACUGCUGCUGGACCUUCGUAAAAUUGUAAGUUGCGCCUUUUGGGAGUUGGCAGGCACGCUUUCAGUUGCCGAGCGUGACUCAUGCGAUCGCUUUUCAGCCCUGUGCUUCCCCGGGCCUAUUCAACGUGUUAAUUGCUCGCGUGUAAGCAAACGCGGCU